CAGUACAAAUUAAUGGCAACACUACAGCAUAGGGGUUUGAUGAGAAAAAAAGUUUAGUGUGGACUUUUUAAGAGGGAUCUGGCAACACACUAGCUAGCAGGGAGUGUGGUGGCUGAGCAGUGAGAGCAGCUCUCAGCAGAAGAGGAAAAUUCAGGCAUUUGCACAGAAGAUGCUUCUGCUACUUUUAGGUUGUAUAUCUGGCUGCAUUUUGGCUCCAGUGGAAACAAUAAACAGUAACAGAGUGAUCAACAAGACACAAACCAUAUAUAAAUACUGUAAGUAAAUCCUACACGUGACUGUUUUAUAGGCAGGUGUACUAAUCCCUUAGCUCUGUACUGUAUUUAAAAACAUGUUCUGUCUCUGUUUGCACUUCAAGCAUAGUCUUAAUAUGACUGGUUAUGGUUAUGCACAGUUAAAUUACAAGAGAUUUAGGAGAAAAAAACACAAACCAUAGACUUAAUAUGACUGGUUGUGGUUUGCACUUAUUGUUUGCACUAUAUAAGACCUAGAAAAGUUUUAUUUUUAUUUUUUAUUCUUAUUCUUAUUUCUAUUUCUUGUAAAAUCAAUGUGCGAAAGAAACCAGUCUGUUAAGUUUGCGUUAUAUGAUUUUGUCAAAUAAGCCAUUUUUCAUUUUUGACGUUUUCUUUAAAAUGUUAUUUUUAAAUCUCGUCUCGUCUUGUUCUCGUGGACUCGUCUCGUCUCGUCACACCCCUACUACAGCACGAUAAAUGCAUAAUGUACUGAACUUUUUUGGGGAAUGUUUUACAGGCCAGAAAUGAAGGAACUGAUGUAUAUUAACAAAUACAGUGAAAAAAUGAAGUUGAUUUUAUUAUUUCAAGAUUCAAAGAUUUAAAGAGUUUAUUGUCGCGUGGACAGUAAAAAACAAGUUUCCUCGUACAAUGAAAUUCUAUCUUUGGGAUUUUGGGAUUUCAUUAAGAAUGGUCCAGAGAACUUGUAGAUACACUGAAGCAAAACAAGUUGAGCUACUUCUACCAGCACUGUGGGAAGUCUGCCAUUAAACAUUCUCGAACACGCACACAGAGUUUAGGAAACACACAAAUGUCUCGUCUCACAUCCGUUACUUCAAUGUACUCAAUUCUUGAGUGCCAAGCUGGAGCGCUCUUCUGUUGUGUUGUCCAAGUUGCCUAGAGACCAACUUCAGAGAGCAGCAGAGGGGAAAGCAGUGAAAGACACUGAGCGCAAAGUAGAGGAAGGUUCUGUGUGUCUUUAAGUACCCAAUUCUGGUGCUCCUGAAGACCCAGGGCAGCACAGGAGAAUGUCUGCCCCAGCAAGAACCAGAAGGUCAGACCUGAACUCCCUGGAGAAAAUGGUCAACAAGACAACUCUGACCACCCAGAGAGUCCUCCAUACACACAUCAUGGCUCCAGACUCUCCUACAGUGCAGCUGCCUUUGGGAGGAAUGGCACAACCUGACCACCAGUGGAUGGAAGAGUUCCAGCAGUGGGCUGAAGAGGAGAAAGAGAAGGCCCUAAAGCUUCAAGAAGAGUGUCUACGAGCCCAGUUCCUGGAAGCUCUGCAGGCCAGGGAGAGACUGGAGGCUGAGGCCAUUCAGGAUGAGCAGAUGAACGUGGAAGUCCAGCUGAAGGCUCGUUGCGCUGGCCUGAGAGAGCAGAUGGAGGAGGAGAAGAGGGUGGAGGUGCAGGAGGCCUGCAGGAGACUGAGGGAGGAGAUGAGGAGAGAGGCUAAGAUGGAGAAAGAGAAGGAAAUGAGAGUCAUACAGGAACAAACAGAGGAGCGUGUGAGGGAGUGUGUGUCGACAGCAGUGCAGUGUGUGAGGGAGGAGUGCAAGAAGGAGGCUCUGAGAGAGAGACGGGCCCUGCAAGACAUACAUACUGAGGAAAUAUCCCAGCUCCACAACAGGCUGCAGCAGCUGCAGGACAGUCUGGUGCGGGUCUGCGGGGAGCGGAUGCAGUACGAGACGGAGCUUAAGAAGGUGCAGGCCAGUUACAGACAGUUUAUUGAUCUGACGGACUCCUCCCUCCACUCUGAUUACUUGUUGAAGCUCAGACGGCUGGGCAGGGAGCCUGGCCUCAUGGAGACCGCCACGCAGACUGAUGAGGUCACUGACAAAUCCUCCAUGGCCUGACUUCACCUCUCUAUAUAUUUUUAUUGCCACUUUGAACUCAUAUAGUAGCUUUAUUAUGCUGUAUAUUAUGUUGUGUGCUACGAAGAAGCUGAAAUGCCUUGCUACAGACGGUUAACUGUACUGUCUCAUACAGAAUAAAAGAUGCUGAAAUACAUUCGA